CACGGGGAGCGCAAUGUCCGUCACAUAAAGUAAGAUUGUCUUGGGGUGGAAAAAAACACUUAUUCAGUGCCCACAACUCUGUCAAUGUCUGACGACGGAGAGCUCGAAGGCGACGGCCGCGAGAAAGAGCGUCGCUCCAAGUCUCCUUCUCCGUCUUUGUGUCUCCCACAAGGAUCACCUUCCUGUCGGCGGCCCCCGGAUCUCUUUUCCUCGGCCUCUCCGCUCCUAGAAGACACGGACCCCCCGUACCUGGCUUCACCGGAGUGUCUUCACUCGUCACCGGAUAACCGAGAGCCCCACGACUCCCCUCACCUCACGCCGUCAAAGUUCCGCAACCACGCGGGGGACUCUCCGAGCCAGUACGGGCAUCUCGACGUGGUGUGCGAGCACUACGACCAGCAGCUGCCCCACUGGAAGGGACGCGGCCCCGGGAGCGACGGGAGCCUUCAGCACCGCGGACAGAGAUCCCACAGAGCCCAAGAGUCAUCGGAAUAUGGGAACCACCACGCCAAUGAGCACAUGAACACCGAGCUCAACUCCGACUCCCGGCAAUCGGUGGAGGUGAUGCACCGUCGCCACACCACACUGAGGGAGAAGGGGCGUCGCCAAGCAGUCCGGGGCCCAGCCUACAUGUUCAAUGAGCGCGGUUCAGCUCUCACUGCAGAAGAGGAACGAUUUUUAGAUGCUGCAGAGUAUGGGAAUAUUCCUGUAGUACGUAAAAUGUUAGAAGAUUCCAAAACUCUCAACUUUAAUUGUGUGGACUACAUGGGCCAGAAUGCAUUGCAGCUGGCUGUAGGAAAUGAGCAUCUGGAGGUAACUGAGCUGCUCCUGAAAAAGGAUGGCUUGGCAAGGAUUGGAGACGGCCUCCUUCUGGCUAUUUCCAAGGGUUACGUUCGUAUCGUCGAAGCCAUCCUUGGACACCAUGCCUUCGGUGGGGGUCUCCGUUUGGCUCUGAGUCCCCUAGAGCAGGAGAUGCGUGAUGACGACUUCUACGCUUAUGACGAGGAUGGGACACGCUUUUCGCAUGAUGUCACACCCAUUAUUCUGGCUGCUCACUGCCAAGAGUACGAGAUAGUCCAUAUUCUUUUGACCAAAGGGGCUCGCAUUGAGAGACCUCAUGACUACUUCUGCAAGUGCUUAGAGUGUGUGGAAAAACAGAAAAAAGACUCAUUCAGCCAUUCACGCUCAAGGAUGAAUGCUUACAAGGGUCUGGCAAGUGCAGCUUAUCUGUCACUCAGCAGUGAAGAUCCAGUAUUGACCGCCCUGGAGCUCAGCAACGAACUGGCUAGACUGGCCAACAUUGAGACAGAGUUUAAGAAUGAUUACCGUAAGCUGUCCAUGCAGUGUAAAGACUUUGUGGUGGGGGUGCUGGACCUUUGUCGGGACACGGAGGAAGUGGAAGCCAUUGUGAACGGCGAUGUUGACCUGUGUCCGCCAAGCCCCUACAACCGUCCCUGCCUCAGCCGUGUCAAACUGGCUAUCAAGUAUGAAGUGAAGAAGUUUGUGGCCCAUCCGAAUUGUCAACAGCAGCUCCUGACUAUUUGGUAUGAGAACCUUCCUGGUCUCCGGCAGCAGUCAAUUGGGGUUAAAUGCUGGACUGUGCUGGGGGUGACUGUUGGUCUACCGUUCUUAGCUGUUGCCUACUGGAUCAUGCCAUGUAGCAAGCUGGGUCAGAUACUCCGGAGCCCAUUCAUGAAAUUUGUGGCUCAUGCUGUUUCCUUCACCAUCUUCCUGGGACUCCUGGUUGUCAACGCCUCUGACCGCUUUGAGGGUGUCAAGAACCUGCCCAAUGAGACCAUCACAGACCACCCACGGCAGGUGUUCCGAGUCAAGACCACUCAAUUUUCCUGGACAGAAAUGCUGAUCAUGAAGUGGGUGUUGGGUAUGAUUUGGUCUGAGUGCAAGGAGAUCUGGAGCGAUGGUCCCAGAGAGUACAUCAUGCACCUGUGGAAUGUUCUGGACUUUGGCAUGCUCUCCAUCUUCGUGGCGUCCUUCACAGCACGGUUCAUGGCAUUCCUCAAGGCGUCCAAAGCCCAGCAAUACGUGGACAUGCAUGUGCCUGAUGAAGACCUCAGCAAUGCCUCGCUUCCUGACGAGAUUGCCUACUUUACAUUCGCCAGGAACAAGUGGCGCCCUUCAGACCCCCAGAUCAUCUCGGAGGGUCUGUACGCCAUUGCGGUUGUGCUGAGCUUCUCGCGCAUCGCCUAUAUCCUCCCAGCCAACGAGAGCUUUGGCCCCCUGCAGAUCUCGCUGGGACGCACAGUCAAAGACAUCUUCAAGUUCAUGGUCAUCUUCAUCAUGGUGUUUGUGGCCUUCAUGAUUGGCAUGUUCAACCUGUAUUCUUAUUACCUGGGAGCCAAGUACAAUCCAGCCUUCACCACAGUCGAGGAGAGUUUCAAGACUCUAUUCUGGUCAAUCUUCGGGUUAUCUGAAGUGAUCUCAGUAGUGCUGAAGUAUGAUCAUAAGUUCAUAGAAAACAUUGGUUAUGUGCUGUAUGGGGUCUACAACGUCACCAUGGUGGUCGUUCUUCUCAACAUGCUCAUUGCCAUGAUAAACAGCUCCUACCAGGAAAUUGAGGAGGACGCUGACGUGGAAUGGAAGUUCGCUCGGGCUAAGCUGUGGCUCUCCUACUUUGAUGAGGGCCGCACUUUGCCCGCCCCCUUCAACCUGGUUCCCAGCCCAAAAUCCUUCUACUACCUGGUCCUGCGCAUCAAGUCAGGCUUGUUAGGAAUAUGCAAUGUGAGCAGACAACCACACCGCAAUGAAUUGGAGCUUGGUAUGCUGAACUCUCAGGCCAAGGGGGAACACUUCAGGUCCUACUUGCCCCCGGGAGAGGAUUUUCAGAAUUUAUCCAGAAAUUCUAGAAAACAUCCAACCAGAUAUGAGAAGAUCAUGAAGCGACUCAUUAAGCGUUAUGUUCUAAAGGCCCAAGUGGACCGAGAGAGUGAUGAAGUCAACGAAGGUGAGCUGAAGGAAAUCAAGCAGGACAUUUCCAGCCUUCGUUACGAGCUGCUGGAAGAGAAGUCAGAGGCUGCUGGGGAGCUGUCUCUGCUGAUUCAGCAACUGGGCGAGAAAUUUGGCAAGAACACCAUGAGGCACUGACGGGACGCGAAGGACAGUCGGAAAAUUGGGCUUUGAUUUUGCAAAAGAGACCGAGAGAGAGAGAGAGUGAGUGGGGGACGGGAAGCAGGAUGUUUAUGAGAGACAGAAGGACAAAAGUGCAAGCAAAGCGUUGAGAAAACAAAUUUGAGUUUUAGUAACGUUUCCCGUCUUCGGGCAAAAAAUAAAAGAAAAUGUUUGCAUUUCCAGGGCCAAGUAAACUCAGCUGGGGAGUUUUGUGUUGACUGUGUGAUUCUAAUUAAAAUAGAAGUAAGUCUGGUUAUUAGAUAAAUCUAAGCAAAUGCAGAGAAAAAAUGAAGAAGACAAAUGCACUGCCAGGGGAUAUGACUUCAUGUCCAACAGUAACAGAUGAUGGAUUGGAGAAAACUGAGGGGAGAAAUCACACUGUAAAGUCACACUGCACAGGCUUGUGUUUUCUCAUGACAGGCAUGUCAGGAGACUACACAGCCCUUUAUACACCAGGCAGUCUAAUUAAUUCAUUCUCUUCCCUUUUGUACAACUAGGGGGAAAGUGAUUAUCUAGGAAAAAUAUUUGAUUUAUUCGCUCCGUUGAAAAUACUUCAUUGAAAGAAAAAAAAACAUGACCUUGCACUUCAAAUACAACGUGCUGUUUGAACACACAGCUCAACAUGAAGUGAGUCUGAACGAAACAGCAGGGUACACACAUAACGAUCCUGACUGAUGAUUGUACUGUACUGUACAUGCGGGAGGAGUGAUUGCACGCCGUGGAAGAAAGUAAUUCCAAGCAGUUGGUUUAAAAACAACUGUCUUGCAAUAUUAAACUAUGUUUUCGCAGGGUGGUGACUACGCAUUGUCCACAUGAACAUUUUUAGAGUCCUUUGAUGGGGUAUUUGAUUGGUUGGGAGAUCACGACUAGAGACCAAGCAAUGAAAAUAAAUGAAUCCCAAAAUUACUAUACGCAUUACAGCGACAGGGCAAUUUCCAGAAAUGUUUAACUUCUCAUUUAAUAUACUGACCAUGUGUCCUUUGGAAACGAUUUUUCUAUAGUGUGUCACGCUGUUAGAUUUCAAUGCCUAUAUAAACUUGUAGUCUAAGACCACCUUUAGAUUUUGCAGCGCAUUUAAGAUAACACACUUUAGCCAAGUGUUUAUUACCAAGACCUGUGAGAGUCAGCGCGAUGCAAUGCAGAGCAUUCAAAAAAAGGUUAAUAUCCCACCUUUAGAUGCUGCGAAAAUUUUGGGCCAAAAUGUGGUUUUGGUCCAAAAGAUUUAUUUAUUCAUUCAUUUUAACCGAAGUUACAUUACUCAAACUGAAAAGAUGCCUUGACGCAAGCGAAUAGCUCGGUAGCAUGCAUUUUUAUGCUUACUAAAGAGGCAAAAUGUUUGGUGAAUGAAUGUGUGUUGGCUCUGUACAGCUACAUUCAGUGGAGGAGCACCCACAAUAUUCACUUCUCUCUUCCAGGUUGUUUUUCUGGAUUCGGAAACUUAUUUUGUUCUUGUUACCACAUGUGGGCAACAACAGCCUACCUCCCUUUUCUCAAGGUGACUCAGGGUGUGUUGCAUUCAAGUGUCAGAAAAGAGUUUCCAAAUGAAAUCCCUUAAAUGAUCGUGACAGAACAACAAAAUAUAAUACAAAUAGUGAAAAUGAAGUACAAAGGAGAUGUAUGUGAACCAAUAACAAAUUAUUAUUAUUACUCUAUAGUGGGCCAUUUUGUGUUAAAUCUUAUUUUAUAUUGUGCUUUGUUGAAAUGUCAGAAGCAAAUAAAAUACAAAAUAAAUAUUUUUGUAAUUCUAAGCAUUAAGAGUUCAUAUUUAAAAUAAAUAAAUAAAUGAAUACAUAAAUGAAUAAAAUACAAAAGAAAACUGAAUAAUAAUUAGCUUAAUUGUGCUUUUUAUAUGUAUAAAUAUAUGCAAUAUAUUCACAAAAACAAAUUUUAAUGAUUGGUCACGGUUUUCGGCUUUCAGUUUCCUCAUUUUUCUCAUAUUUGGUUUUGGCAAAGAAUAUUAAUUCCGGUGCAUCCCUAAUCCAAACCCCAGUUUUGCACUAGGCACGUCUGCUGACGCACCACUGUCACUCUCCCCCAAUUUCAACAGGAUGCGUUUUACGAGCAGAGCGUCUGUGGAGCAGCUCGAUCGAGUCACUCGAGGAUUGCAAGAUCGCACGAGAGUCCGAGAGUAGCGGGUAUUUAAAGAUAACAGUACAACAACCAUUUGCCUUUCAGACCUCGCGUGUUGGUCAGCUUUAUUUCUGAGAGAAAGAAGAAAAAAAAUCAUGUGCUAAACAGAAAAACAACUGCAAUGACAAAGAAACAUUUUAAUAUAUUUUCAAAAUCAAAUGCCUCAAUGUAUCAUUUUUUUUCUUCCGAAAGGUUCCAAAAGGCUAUAUUGAUAAAUUUUCUCAAGUUAAAGUGCCACACAGAAAUUAUUUUUGUCUAAAGGCUGAUAAUAUAGGUGAAUUAUAUUGCAUAAUUAAAAGUUCUACUCUGUUAUUCGUGGACGGAUACGAAUAAAAUUUGGAAUGUAUAUUCUAGGGAUGUAUUGGCAUCUAUCCUCGGAUCCCCAUUUUUUACUUUUUCUCUCAGAGCUGAUUGAAUUGGUUGAUUGCAGAAUUGAAAUUGCGUUUCCUCCGUCAUUAGUGGAUUGAUCAUAUUUGGUAGGGACAUUCUAGGGAUGUUUUUAGGCAUCCAUCUUCGGAGACCUUUUUUUUUUUUUUUUCUUGUCUAAGGGCUGAUUAUAUGUAUAGUGUAACUAAUUGUAGAUUUAUGGUUGCCCGUAGGUUCCGAGUUCAUUUAAAAAUUUUUAAAAUUUAGUUUCGUAUAGACUAGGAAUCGUUUCAAGAAAUGUGUGUGUACACAGAAGAGGACAAAAUACUGUCACAGGAAGUAACCAAAAAGAGGAGAAGAGGGCUAUGUGAUAUGAACAUCCAACUACGUAUUAUGGGGAAUUCGAAGUUGUGUGCAUUCUGCUCAUCUGCAAAGGAUUUAAAUGUUAAAAUGUGAUUAUUUGUAUGUGUGUACCCUGCUCUAUUUUGUUUUAAUGUGAUCAUUAAAUCACUCCAUGCAGCCUUUUACCUCGUGUGCCAGUAAGUGUAUGCAAACAAAAAAUACAAAAAAAUACAUUUUUAACAGUCUUAUACAUUGAAAACGCACAUAAAGAACUGACAGUCUGUCUGUCUGUAUGUAUGUAUAUAUAAUCUAUAUACAGUCAUGUGAAAAAAUUAGGACACCCCAUCAAAUAUUCAGUUCUUUAUUAGGAAAUGUUCACAUAUCAAUGUCUGAUCUUGUUUUUCUUUAUCUCUGGAAAAGAAAGUGAUUCAGUUGCAGGUAAACAAAAAAAAAAGUUAAGAUUGUUUUACUCAUUAAACGAAACAUAUCAACAAAUAUGCAUAUUCUAACUGAGGAAAAAGUUAGGACGCCCUACCACCUAAUAGCUAGUGUUACCCCCUUGGUUGAAAUAACUUCAGUGAAACUCUUUUUGUAGCCAUCUACCAGUCUUUGACAUCGGUCUGAAGAAGAAGAAAAGAAAAAAAAGACAUUGAAAUGUGAACAUUUCUCAAUAAAUAUCUGAAUAUUUCAUGGGAUGUCCUAAUUUUUUCACACGACUGCAUACACACACACACACACAUACAUACUAUAUACAAUUGAUCCUCAGAGGCCAACACAAUUUGUGCUAAACUUCGCUUUGGUAGAUAAUAGAUUGCAUCACCUUCUUAAAUUAUUACCUCCAUCAGAAAAAUAUCUGAAUUGCUCUGUUUAACUCCAACUUUAGAUGUAAUGAAAUAAGAACCGGUAAAAUCUAUCUAAGUUGCCUUGCCAACUUCUGUAGUCACUUCAUGCAUACCUAAUCACAGAACAUUAAACUCCUCCAAAUAGACGCUAAUCAGAAUAAUAAAAUACAUUGUGGCUGGACUGAACUCAGACAUUCAACGAAAUAUAGUUGAUACAAACCAUAUUUUUCAAGCACACCAAGUGUUCUUCUGAGGGUUCAAAGGUCCAUGUGUGUUUUUUAACUUUGGGAGAGAACUCACUCGAGCACACGCAGAACAAGCAAACUGCACAAAGAACUACGAGUGAGCAUGAUACCUUUUUGUUGUGCUAACCUCUCGACCACUGUGUUGCCCAGGAAAAAAAUAUGAGUUGCUUCAGCAAAAGUGUUGCCAGGUGUAAUUUUACGUAAAGGAAGAUAAAACUUCUAAUCCAAGGGGAGUCAUUGCUUCGCUCUACUAGAACUCUAUGUCUAUGUUAUCAUUUCUCUAACUGCUCGCAAUGCCUACUUACACCCUGACAGUGGUCGACAAGUUUUGUGUUGACUCACCUUUAUCGAUGACUUGCUCACUCUGCCCCUGAAGUCGACCAGCCAUUAGCGUACCCUGCUUGCUGCAGUAAGUACCCCCGGUGUACCGAUUAAUCUACAUCUAAUGACACACUUCUGGCUCAUCUCUAAAUGUUACAAAAGGGGAAAAUUGUGUUGAUCACUUCCUCAAUUGCUCACUGGCAAUUUUAUUUAAUUGUUCCCAUCAUUCAAAGGCAAAGUGAUUGUGCAACACAGGUUUCCUAAGAAUGGGUCGUUGUGUCCCGUCCCAUCACUUGCCAGUAAUUGCCUCAUUUCCAGAACAAAAGCAGCUGUAGGAUAUCUGAAAGCCUUCAAGCCCUCCUUUUCGAGUGCACUAGUUAGAAAAGCCACAUGACAUUGGCAAAUUUUAGUUUUACAACUACACCUUUGCCGAAUCUUCUUCAUCUGCGUGCUUCCGCUUGCUACAUUUUGAGGAUUGCUCCCAGCCCUUCAGUGGCUAAAUAUCUUAUGUCUGCUACUAAUGGUUACCAUUAUUUGGCUAGCAACAAUCAUGCUAGAUGAAAUAUCACUAAAAUACAUCUCCUUGCAAUUUAUUUGCUUAAAUCUCACAGUUAAACCUAUCAUUUAUGACAUUUUCUCAAUUAAAAAGCAGGGAUUGCGGCAUUGUCAAUGAUGUAUGCGCAGGGGUAGCGGACUUCAAUAGUUCCUUAAAAGUUUUGGUCUAUAUAUAUUCCUGAGGUAAUGGAAACCUGGGAUUCUAACCUACCAACAUUAAAUUUGCUGUAACUGUCAAUUUCUAAGUUACUUUCAUGUAUUAAUUGUUAUUUCAAAAGAAAUUUAUCGUAAAAUUACAAUACAUGAAUCUCAAUUUGUAUGUAUGUUUAAACAAGUAAAGACCUAUUCGACACAGCCCUUCAACAAUCUUUUCUAUUGUGCCGAAUCAGAGCAAAAACAGCCGAAUCACUAAAACAUAUUUUUGGGUACCAAUAAAGUCUCAGCUGUACACAUAGCAUUUAAUAUACUUUAGCGCCUCAUUUUAAAAUUCCAACUGCUCCCACAAUAUUUGCCGAAGCCAUUAAAUUUGUGAAUAUUACAUCUUGGCAAACAGUAAGCCAUGUGCGACUUAAUUUGUCCUUCUGUUGUUUAUGUUUAUUGUUUUUAAAGCCCGAAGAUGCUUAUGAAGAUCACAUGGAAGCUAAAAAACUUUCUGUUCUUCCUGAUAGUGCCAGGCCAAACAAAUUUUUGUUAUUCGAAAAAUGGGAGAAAUCACGUAUGUUCAGUGAGAGAUUUGCAUUUAUAGCAAUUGACAUGAAUGUUUCUGUUGCAUUAUGUAUUGUGAUUUUUCUUUUUUUGUGUGUGUACAAUGUAUUGCUUCUUGCACAACAAAUUUGAAUCUAGGUGAUUAAUUCAUUGUCAAUCUGAUUCAAACUAAGGUCACAGCAUCUUGCCAUUAGGGAGAUUAUAAAAGAAAUAUCAUUUUACACAUUUAAACAUCAUAAGAAUAAGAUGCACAAGAGCCACAGACGCUGUGAUGAGUUGUUCCAGGUUUUGAUUUUAAACAUGACAAAAACAACAUAAGCCAAGCCAUUAUUUGCCAUAGCUAUGGGAACAUUGACCUGAAAUACUGUACUUUUUAAUACUUAUUGAAAUUAAACCUUACAGUAUAUUGUCAUAUU